AUAAGAAAUCCGUAUUUGAUGCGCCCUCUAUUUGACAUCCGGGUAGUUGGUCAACGGUAUCGCCAUCUUGGAUCAAAAUGGAUUUGUUGGCGAGCUACGCUGACGAUACCUCAGAUAAUCAGACUUUAGAUGUCAACGAAAAGGCUGCAGAUUCUGGAAUGGUAUUUUCACAUUUGGAGGCUGAAUGGGAAUCAUUUGAGAAGAUGAUGGGGGAUGACCUUUUGAUGAAAUCUACAGACAAAGUGCCAUCUGAUAAAACAGCAGAUUCUGUGGAGCCAGAUAGGUCUGCAGAAGAGCAUCCAGAUCCUGUAAGGUUAUCUACAGGAGAUGAGUGCAACUCAGGACAAGAAUCUGUCAGUUCAGUGAAUGAUGACAGGAGCAGUUCAAAAUCAUCAGCUUCAUAUGAUAGUGAAAGUGACAGCGAGGAAAAUGAUAAAGAGGAGAAAGAAGAAAAUAAGAGUGACAGGAAAAGACAUAGUUCGGAAUCAUCAUCCUCUUCCUCCUCCAGUGCCAGUGAUGUUUCAGAGGCUUCAGCAGGAAAAGUGGAGAGGGCUUUCCCCAAUGUGCAGGCAGGCUCAGAAAAGACAUCCAGUGACAGAGGCCUUAGUGAGCGCAAGGUUCCUACCAGGCGAUCACGUUCUAGAUCUCAUUCUUUGUCACCCAGCAGAAAGCGUCGACGAUCAUCUGAUCGUAGUGUGCACCACAGAUCGUCCACAAGGCAUUCACAUGCAAGACAUGAGAAAAAGCGGAUUUCUUCACGCCGUAGCCGUUCUCGUUCCCGGUCAAGAGACAGACACACCAGAAGGCAUUCAUCCCGUGAGCGUCGACACUACAGCAACCGAGAUAGGCGGCAUAGACGGAGUAGGUCACGUGACCAUCACCACAGACAUAGGCACCACCCAGGUUCAGGCAUGCGCCGUGGUAGCCCCCCACAUGGAGACAGAAGAAAGCCUGAAGUAGACAAAAGAAGAAGUCGAAGCCGUUCAUCAGAGCGGAAGGAAGGAGAGAUGGGCGAGAAAAAGAUUACUCCCCGCAACUUUGGUGCUGGAUCAGGUGGGGGUUCAGAAGGAGUUGUCAAUGAAUCAGGCGCAAGGGUGACGUACAGAACAGCAGGUAUUAAAUUUGGUCAUGGUCCAGGAACAGGCAAGCCCCAGACAUUCAAGGAGCAGAUGAGACAGAAUUUGAUUAAAAUGUGGAGUGAGAACAUGGCGUCUUGCAGCAGUGGUGAUCCAUCUUCAGGUACCACCAACCAGCCCAACCUAAUGCAGCUUAACCCGCAAAGCGUCUUCACCAAUAUGCCAAUCCAGUCAGCAGGGCUAGGUGUGCAAGCAUUGUGUACAAUAACUCCACAGAUGGCUUUCAUGCAAACAGUUGCUGCGAUGCAAAAGAAGGCGGAGGAAAUUACUGGAAUUACUGUGCCCAAAUACUACAACCCUGCUGCUGUUAAUCCUAUGAAGUAUGCAGAGCAAGUACAAAAGCGCAAACUUCUCUGGUCCAAAUCAAAGGACAAAAAGGAAUCGGAUAACCAGUGGCAUGCUCAAGCUCUUGUCGCCGAUGGUGAUAGCAAGACUACUGCUAAGUUCCGGAAACUGAUGGGCAUUAAAGAUGGUGAGACCAAGGAGACUGUCACUACAACAGUAACCAGCAAUGAGGAUGACUUCAUAGAAGAGCAGCGCAAGAAACAAGAAGAACUAUUUCAGCAGCUGGACAAAGAAUAUCACUUUGCUCGCAUUGCCACUCACACACAACGUGGUGCAGGCCUGGGAUUUGGGUCACAGUCUGGCUCCUUUCACUAACCCACUGAUGUUUGAUUUGUGUAGUUAAGGAAAGCAAAUGCGAGACAUUGGUCUGUUCACUAGCCUGUGUGUAGAUUUAAUUUUGCUUGCUGAUGUGAAAGAGAGCAAGCAUUGUACAAAAAUGUGUGGAUAUCUUGAACAUCACACUAUAGUGUGCAGAUUUUGCCACAGAUGACAAUCAUGUUUGGCAUUGACUUUCUGGGUUUCGGAUUUGCUCACAGGUUUUGUUUCAGUGCGGAUUAUUGGUAACCUUCGCAGAAGCAACUGUUUCUUAAAAUUGAGCAUUCUGAAAACAUAAAAAGAAUAAGCUUAUAGCAGUCUACAACAGUUAAUUUGUAUUUUUUGUUUUAAAAAACGUGGGAGUGGUUUGUUAUUCAGCGUUAAAGUUAAACUUGGUGUGGGUGGGGGAGACAUUGAGGCGCAGGCAUUGGCUAAGCAUGGAAGAUAGGCUGCUAUGUGCAUGCCAAACUGUGAUAUAUAGAGCAUAAAAGGACUGCCUCACAGUGAAGAUUUGAUUGUGUAAAUAAUACAUAAAGAAGAAAGUUGGCUGUUGGGAGCAGAUGUGUGCUUGCGAGUGUGUAAAGAAUACCUGCUAACUUUUGCACCUUAUGUAUCCUCAAAGAAGUGAAAAAUGUUUAAGUGCUGUUUUGCAAGAAACUGGGCGAUUGUAGACUUUAUUUGAAAUAAAUGAUGUUGAUAAAAGAGAA